AUGGCCGCAGCCACACCCCACUCGCCGCCGCCGCAACAGCUUUCAUCGCCCUUCCUGGAGUAUAUUAGGGCCCCCGGCGGCCUCGACAAGGUCGUGCUCCGUGGGAGGCGCAGCUGCUCCGUGGAGAUCCGUCUUUUUGGAGGUCAAGUAACUUCAUGGAAGAAUGACCAUGGCGAGGAGUUGCUUUUUGUCAGCAGCAAGGCCAUCAAGCCUCCAAAACCGUUUCGUGGUGGGAUACCUAUUUGCUUUCCCCAGUUUGGAACUCAGGGAAAUCUUGAGCAACAUGGAUUUGCAAGAAAUCGGCUUUGGGCUAUUGAUGAUAAUCCACCCCCUUUACCAGUAAAUCCUGCAAUUAAAGCUUUUGUUGAUCUUAUUCUGAAGCCUAGUGAAGAUGAUUUAAAGAUGUGGCCACACAGUUUCGAGUUUCGCUUGAGAAUUGCUCUUGGUGCUGGUGGAGAUUUGAGUCUCACGUCUCGAAUCAGGAAUACCAACACUGAUGGAAGACCUUUUUCUUAUACAUUUGCAUAUCACACAUACUUCUCUGUUUCUGACAUAAGUGAAGUACGCGUCGAAGGGCUGGAAACAAUGGACUACCUUGACAACAUGAAGGGAAAGGAGCGUUUCACAGAGCAAGGAGAUGCUAUUGUAUUUGAAUCAGAAGUUGAUAAGGUAUAUCUUGCUGCACCCUCGAAAGUUGCAAUUAUUGAUCAUGACAUGAGAAGAACAUUCGUCGUGACAAAAGAAGGACUUCCCGAUGCUGUUGUUUGGAACCCUUGGGAUAAGAAGGCAAAAGCUAUGCAAGAUUUUGGGGAUUCAGAAUACAAGCACAUGCUUUGUGUGGAGCCUGCAGCCGUUGAGAAGCCAAUUACCCUCAAGCCUGGUGAAGAGUGGAAAGGAAGGCUUGGGCUCUCCGCUGUUCCUUCCAGCUACUGCAGUGGGCAGUUAGAUCCAUUAAAGGUCCUUCAUGGUUGA